CUCUGGGCAGCGGGCUGCGGCCCGGCCUGGCCGGCGCGGCUGCCGUUGGGCCGUGAGGGGAGCGGGGCCGGCGGCUGCAGGCAGGGCCGCCGCCUUUCGCUGCGGGGGCUCAGACGCCGACGCUGUGCGGAUUCGUGCAACAGUCGUCAAACGCAGGGCUCCCCCAUCGGUUCCUUCUGUGUAAUGCCCUCAAAAGAAGGUCCGAAGCCGGUGUUCAGAUCUGCUGAAAGGCUUCAUAAUUGGAUGGAGUGUUUUGAAAUAGAAAUGGAGUUCCUUCCUGGUUUUUUCACGUAGAUGAGGAGGAUUGUUUGCAUAGUUGGUAUGAAUUACUCUUGAUUCAUCACCACUGUGAGUGCAGCAAGAAAAGCAUCUCCAAUAAGACUUCUGAACGCAGACGGAUAACUGGGCAGCGAGUACUCGUGUUCAGAAGCCAUGAAUUCCAGAAAAUUGCUUUCAGAAACACGGAGAACAUUUCCUGCUACUAAAGUACACUGCCAGCAGCCAUCAAGGGUUCUCAUUGUGGAUGUCACAUCGCCUUCCUGGACCAACACUUGUUCUGUGCUCUCUGAAGCUCUGGAAAACACGCUGUGUUUGGCCUGCAGUUUGACAGGCCCCUGCCGCGUUCCUCUGCUGAGCCUCUACGUGGUGCAGAACCAGCAGGAGUGUCUGCUUCCCUUUACGCAAGUGAGAGAAAACUUUGCUCGAAUUCAAGCCUGCAUUUCAGAGCUCCGUUCGCUACCAAGAGAAGGCUGUUUCCCACAGGGGGGAAAUGGAGUGGUACAAGCUGUGCAGGAUGGAUUGCAACAGUUCAAACAGUACAGCAGACACACAGCAGCAGGAGGCUCAACAAAUAAUUCCGUUGAGAUCACAAUUUUGACUAGCCAGUCCAGCAAAGAAAUGGUAAAUCAGCUGGAAAAGAAGUUAAGAGAUGUGGACCUUGUGAGUCUGCGAAGAAUACAAGUCAUUGAGGUUUUGAAGAGAGACUUUCUGGAACCUGAGGAUGUGGAACAGUGCAUGCCUGCAGAGGAGCCCAUCAGCAGUGACAUUGCAAUCCUGGGAAUGGACAUCGAUGUACAAACCAUAGAGGACAACGUCAUCAGCUUGGAGAUGCUGUUUAAAACAUGGCUACAUGACUAUGGCACAGAGAGAGAACACCUCCAUCUCCUCCUUCCAUCAGGAGGCUUCAGCCAUGCCACUGCACCCAAGACCACCCUAAUGUGCCUGAAGUGUGAUUUGCAGGAGAGAUUACUGGAUCCAGCUCUACUGUCUGGGGCAGCGGACGGCACCGUGAGAGCAGUGGAUUUGAAUUCACCCUGCCAGAUGGCAGCCUGGCCAGCUGCAGUGCUGUAUAAACUCCGGGUUGUAAAGGCUCUGAAGUAUGAAGGGGUCUGUGAGUCUGUACUGUAUGGCCUGCCCUUCAUCAUCAAGCCCACAAGCUGCUGGCAGCUAGACUGGGAUGAACUGGAGAUAAACCAGCACAGCUUCCAUGCUCUAUGUCACAGUCUUCUGAAAAGGAAGUGGAUGCUUUUGGCCAAACGUGAGCCACAGAACACUAGUCCGAACUGGAACAUCAUGGUGCAUUCCUACUACAUCAUUGUCCCUUCCGACUCUGCCACUCUACUUGUCAAAGCAGUCGCCAUUAGAGAGCUCUUGCUGCCCUCAACCUUCCCACCUCUCCUUGCUGAACACCAUGAGAGAGUACACGGCCCUAUAGAGAGCGCCCUGAACAGUUUGGAAGUGGAAGUUGCUUAUAACCCCUUGCACCUAAAAAGCAACCUGUACAAGUACCUGAAGGGUGUCUUGUACAAACCUCUGCACAGGCAGCAGGCCCAGCCCAGGGACCAGCGACCAGAGCGGCACCAACCCAAGCAGCAUCAGAGCAGAGCCAAAGCCAUGGUAGCGCCCCUUCCAAUGGCUGCUUCUCCUGUCCAAGCAUUCAGACCAGCAGCAGUGAGGAGAGAUUCCUGUGAGCCCUCCCUGCUCCCCAAGGAGUAUGACGAGUUCCUGCAGUAAACCCCAAGGCACCGUUGAGCCUGCUCACGUGCAGUCACAGCUUGGCUUCUCGCUCAGCUGCCAAGCCUUACGCCCGGGGCCGGAAGCGGUCAGGCAAGACACUAAGCUUGGCCUUGGUGAGACAGGCACUUCCCAUUGUUUGUUCCUCCUUGUUUUAUGGUUUUGUUAGUCGGCGAGUCAGCCUGCAGGAAACCUGCUACUCUGGGGCCCUCUGUCCAGAGAUUCAGCUAUCCCCUGCAACACCCCAUGUUUCCCAUUCUCGUCAGCACACACCACCAGCACGCUUUUAAGUUUUGGUUUCUGAGACUAGCCUAGUACAGGCCACAAACCACAGAUUGCCGUCAGCAAGUGCAGAAAAGCUGCAAGCAGGGUGGUGAGGAAGUCAGACAGACAGAUAAAGUAGGCAGUAACGUCAAGCUGCCAUCAUCCUGCAGGAGUAGGUUCAGCAGGGGGGUUGAAGAGACUUAAAACAGGGCUUUUGAAUUGAAUCUUUUAAGCCCAGAAUGCUGCCCUCCUGAGAGCAGCACUAACACAUGACAAUGCUCAUGUGGUUACUUCUGUAAUCAGUCUCACUGUCCAACUCCCCAACUCGUGAAGGGGUUUGUAGCCAGUGCCAAGCCAGCCUUAAUGCCCUGGUUGGCUUCUACACAGUGACAGCUCACCACAGCACCAUUCUCCCACCCAACUAGUGCUUGGGUGCUCUCCUCCUCAUGGCCCAUCUGCACCUACAGGGCUGUUCUGGAAGCCAACAUGGCAAGUAUUUUUUGGCAGGGUACAGAAGAUGUGAGGGGUUGGCCUAGAGCUUUCCAGAGAGCUUCUGCCCAGUGCUUGCACAGAUGCUAGCCUGGUUUUCAGUGCAGACAAAGGACAGCUGCCCCUGGCAGGGCAGGAGCUGAGGGCAGCUGUAGCGAGCCAAGGUGGGGUGGUCUCACUGGGCUUCCUGGUUGUGUUCUACUUUGUUCUGACAAGCUGUUUCAAAAUAAAGUUAUCCACCACAAUGCUCACUUACUGCCUG